GGUUGCUGCAGUGUUUGAAGUUGCUGGGUGUGCUGAGGGGAAACGUACAUUUACUGAUGUCGGUUGCUACGAAAGAACAGGAAUUUUCAGAAGCUGCUUCUUUCUGGUCAGGUGGAUUCCAGAGCCGUGUCUCAGCACACAGAGACUGAGAGGAGAGAGAUUCUACGAGUUGGAGAGACAGAGAGAGAGAUCUAGUGAGGUAAUUAGAUAAACCUAAAAAGAGGGAAGAAGAAUGUAGCUGAUGUAUAUAGAGAGGCGAAAGACAAAAGAAGCAGAGGACUCAUCCUCUUCCUGUUCGUGUGCCUUCACAUGGUUUAGUGUCGGUGCUGCCGCAGGUGCACUUUGACCACCAGGGUGUCACCGUGACAGACUCAUGACUCGGCAGAGUGCCUGAAGGGGGUCGGCGUGAGGAAACACAUCCUGAGCUCAGGGGCAGGAAAAUUCCUCCUCGGACAGCAACAAGCUGCUGCAGAGCCCUCAACUCGUCCAGCGAACUGAAACACGCCCAUUUUUAACCUUACCAGCAAGAUUGCUCUCCAUUCGUUCUGUCUGUCUCUCUGGGCUUAUGUAAAUAGUACUUGGUUUAUGAGGGAAAGUGCAUUUUUCUCAGGUGGCGACAGACAAGGUUGCAGGAAAGCUGAGUUCUACUCUCUCAUGGGUGCGGAACUCAGUGUCUCACACGGUCAGUCAGAUGGCUAGCCAGGUGGCCACGCCCUCGUCUCUGCCCGCCCCCCCAGCCACCACAGCCCCGCCCCUUGGGUCCUCCUCCUCCUCGUCCACGCCGCUGUCAUCGCCGGCACUGACACCCGCUUCUACGCCCCUCAGUCCCGACGAGCUGGAGCUGCUAGCCAAGCUCGAGGAGCAGAACAGGUUGCUGGAGACGGACACCAAGUCCCUGCGCUCUGUGAAUGGCUCACGGAGGAACAGCGGCUCCUCGCUGGUGUCCAGUUCCUCGGCCUCGUCGAACCUGUCCCACCUGGAGGAGGACUCAUGGAUCCUGUGGGGACGCAUCGUCAACGACUGGGAGGAGGUCCGCAAGAAGAAGGAAAAACAGCUGAAAGAGCUGGUGCGACAGGGCAUCCCUCACCACUUCCGGGCCAUCGUAUGGCAGCUGCUGUGCAGUGCCCAGAACAUGCCCAUCAAGGACCAGUACUCGGAGUUGCUGAAGAUGUCGUCGCCCUGUGAGAAGCUGAUCCGUCGCGACAUCGCCCGCACCUACCCCGAGCACCAGUUCUUUAAGGAGAAGGACAGUCUGGGCCAGGAGGUGCUGUUCAACGUCAUGAAGGCGUACUCUUUGGUGGACCGAGAGGUGGGCUACUGCCAAGGCAGCGCAUUCAUCGUGGGUCUGCUACUCAUGCAGAUGCCAGAGGAGGAGGCCUUCUGUGUGUUUGUGAAGCUGAUGCAGGACUACAGGCUAAGGGAGCUCUUCAAACCCAGCAUGGCAGAGCUGGGUCUCUGCAUGUACCAGUUUGAGUGCAUGAUCCAGGAGCACCUCCCGGAGCUCCAUCUGCACUUCCAGGCUCAGAGCUUCCACACCUCCAUGUACGCCUCCUCCUGGUUCCUCACCAUCUUCCUCACCUCCUACCCCCUGCCCGUCGCAACCAGGAUAUUCGACAUCUUCAUGUGUGAGGGUCUGGAGAUUGUGUUCCGUGUGGGUCUGGCUAUCCUGCAGAUGAACCAGGUUGAGCUCAUCCAGCUGGAUAUGGAGGGAAUGUUACAGCACUUUCAGAAGGUCAUUCCCGCUCAGCUAGAAAGCGGCCCUGACAAAGUCAUCCAAGCUGCUUACCAAGUCAAAUAUAACGGCAAGAAAAUGAAGAAACUGGAGAAGGAGUACACUACCAUCAAAACCAAGGAGAUGGAGGAGCAGGUGGAGAUCAAGAGGUUGCGAACAGAGAACCGGCUCCUGAAGCAGAGGAUCGACACGCUGGAGAAGGAAAGCGCUUCCUUGGCAGAUAGAUUGAUCCAGGGGCAGGUGACGCGAGCCCAGGAGGCGGAGGAGAACUACCUGGUCAAGCGGGAGCUGGCUACGGUCAAACAGCAGAGCGAGGAGGCCAGUGCUCAGCUGGAGCAGGCCCACAACACCAUCCGAUUGCUCCAGCAGCAGCAUCACGGGAAGGGGAACUUCCGUUACUCGGAGGACUUCAUCCUGCAGCUGGAGACGGAGCUGGUUCAGGCUCGGCUCAAGGAGGCGGAGUCGCAGUGUGCCCUCAAGGAGAUGCAGGACAAGAUGCUGGACAUGGAGAGAAGGAACUCCUCAUUGCCGGAGGAGAACAAUGUGGUGCAGCUGCAGGAGGAGCUGAUCGGGGUGAAGCUGCGGGAGGCUGAGGCUCUGACCGGACUCAAGGAGCUCAGACAGCAGGUCCGAGACCUGGAGGAGCACUGGCAGAAGCACUUGGCGCGGACGGCAGGCCGCUGGAAGGACAGCCCGCGGAAGAACACGGUGAGCGAGCUCCAGGACGAGCUGAUGAGCGUGCGGCUGAGGGAGGCCGAGGCCCAAGCCGAGCUCCGAGAGACACGCCAGAGGAUGCUGGAGCUGGAGACACAGAACAAGAUCCAUGGCAACCACCUGCGGCGAGCUGAGCUGGAGUCCCGGAACCUCCAAGAGCGUCUUCAGGGCCUGACCAGUCAGAACAAAGAGCUGCUCUCCCAGCAACAGGAGGUCAAGCGCAAGCUGGCUGUGACCGAGUGCAAGAACAAAGAAGAGGUGAUGGCAGUGAGGUUGCGAGAGGCGGACAAUAUCGCAGCCAUGGCUGAGCUCCAGCAACACAUCUCUGAGCUGGAGAUUCAGAAAGAGGAGGGGAAGGUCCAGGGACAGCUGAACAACACAGACGCAAGCCAGUACAUCCGUGACCUGAAGGACCAGAUCAAAGAGCUGAAACAUGAGGUACGGUGUUUGAAAGGCCAGAGGGGCUUGUCCAACCCGCCCAGUUUUGACGGCAUCCACAUCGUGAAUCACUACGGCGACACCGAGUCCUACCACUCCUCGGAUGACGACGCACUGGCCAAGCUGCCAAACCCCCAGGGAGGUGGUGGUGGCGGCGGCAGCGACGCCGGGAGUGUAGGUGGGCGUAUCACACUGCACGCCGACCUGGAGGACACGGACAGUGACGAGGACAACGAGUCGUUGCGCCUCACUGUCCCCACAAACGGCAGCCAUAAGACCACCACAGUGUGAUUUUUAUACCCCGCCUCAGCUCAGCGCCCAUUUCUUCCAGUACCCCUUCCCCAGCAUCUCUCACAUGAUCCCUACCACAGGACAGACGACUGUGGCUCAGAUUCCGGUCCGGGGAGAGAGGGGAGAACGCGAUUGGAAAGGGGCUGCCAGGAUGAGCCACUCAGAGCAAGACUGUUCUUUUUCUCCCCUGGUUCUCAAAGGCGUGCAGGAACAUGGUUCCCGUGGCGGCUUUGUUACACAUCUGCCUUAUAUCACUGUUUGUUAAUUUGUUUGUUUGUUCUGGCAGUUUGGCAGUUUGGACGUCUUGCCAAAAUCCAUAACAUCAGGGAGUUGGCACCAAUUAGCACUUACCCUUGGCUGGAUGGGUGGAUGUUCUCCCCUGGAUGAGAUCAUUGGAAGCAUGCACUAUCAUCAGCAGGCCUUCUGGGCUCUCCAACCUGAGAGAUUUCACACAGGGAUUCAUUCAGGCACACAUACAGCCAUUUGGUCCCCAACUGCCUGAGUGGAUCCCCAUUGAUAUUGUAUUGUGUUUUUUGCUCUAAUGAGAAAACAUCACCCUAUCAUUGCUUUUUAUUGCCUUCGGUUUUUAAAACGAAAAGAAAAUGAAAACACAAUACGGCCAACAGAGCUUAUUAGUAGUUGAAAAGGAUUCUUGAAAAAAAACAAAAAAAACAUUCACACUAUCUUCUUGUGGAGGUUUUCCCCUUAAAGGAGGAGAGUCCAUUCAUUUACACGCAGCAGUGUAGUAGCUGCUCAAGCCUCAAGGAAACAGGAUGCCCUCAUGGCCACCACACACGAUCAUGCAGCCUACAGUUUGACCUGGUCAGUGUACACAGGACAGCCAGCAAGCAUCUUUGUAUAUAUGUACAUGUUUAUGGGUUAACGUUUGCCUCUUCGUAUCGACUUGAAAAUCGUGUUAUCUUGUGGAUUGCUAAAGAUCUGCCAUGCAAUUUAUUGUAUAGCUCAUUGACAAAAAAAAAGGGACAUAUCACUCACUGGAAACAAUCUCCAGGCCCCCACCAGUUUAUCAGCUUUUGCCAGAGCACAUCCCAGUUUUUUGUGUGUUUUUUUUGUUUUGCUUGUUUAUUUUUCCACAUGAUUUGUCCGUACUGUAUGUUUGUUUCCUUGUCUGGUUUCAGUAAGGAUGGUGUUGAUAGAGCAUGUUACAGAUUUAAGACAAGUGUCACAUUGUUGGGAAAUUAUCUAUUUUCUCUGUAUUAUGUGUGAUUUGAUUAUCUUUUUGGUUGUUUUGUUUGUUUGUUUGUUUGUUUGUUUGAGGCAGACAUUCUCUAAAAUAAUCUUUAAAUCAGCAAUGCAAAUGAAGGGAAUGUGACCGAACGCUUUGAAAUGACUACAUCAAUCAAUCAUGGUAUUGGAGGAACGAAAUGGUUGAAUACUUGCCAUAUUUGCACAUAAACCUCCCCGUAGUCAAGGGAACAUGUCGCUGCAGUGGAAACGGUGUGCAUGCAUGCAGAGGUGGAUGGAAAGAUGUAAGCAUUGUAUUCUUCCUUUGCGAUACCUAAACCGCAGCAGACCCACACCAUCACCUGGCCUUGGCUUGACUAAGUGAACGAGAGGUUACCCGAAGGGCAGCGCUUAUGCGCCCAACCGCUGUCUUGUCAUGCUCAGGGGUGCAAUUGGCCUCGAAGCCUUCCCACUGAUAAACUAACUUCUUUAACAGGACCUUGCCCAUAAUGAGACAGUGUGGGUGGCAUUUGGGGAUAAUGGUGUUUUCCAUGUUAUUUUUUCUGUUCUAAAAAGAAAAUCAACAUAAAUUGACAUUAAAUCCCCCAGAGGUGGGGUUGUUUCUCAUUAUCAAGUAAGCAAAAUAAAACACUAAGAACUAUUGAUCUCCAACGUUGAUAGACUGAGGACCUGGAAGACUGCACUAUCCCAAAGCGACUUAAACAUGUAAUAUUUGAUGACUGUCAAGGUGUUUUGAUAACCUAAUGUUUGUCGAUCGAUUUUUCUGUCCUAUGGACGACAUGAAUUAGCACGGACAGUAUGGAACGCAUGGCAGCCAUUGAACACUAGAUUUGUUUGUGUAAUUACUCAAUGUGUUCAAACGACAAUGGGAAUAGCUCACUAAAUAAUACGUGUGAUGGAUUCAUUUCAUCACCCGGUCAUCUACAGUAGACCUACACAUGGCACCACGAUGAAAAGGACAAUAAAAUGCUUCGUCUCUUAAA